AUGAAAGAUCGAAACAUCGAGCAACCAAGGGAUUUUGGGUUUAUUACUUAUGCUGAUCCAUCAGUUAAGAUUAUAGAAGAGACCCAUGUUAUCAAUGUUAAACAACUUGAAAUUAAAAGAACCAUACCUAAGGGCUCUGUACAAUCUAAGGAUUUUAAAAGAAAGAAGAUUUUUGUUGGUGGGGUGUCAACAAUUGUCGCUAAAGACAAGUUCAAAAUGUUCUCCAAGCAUGGGAAGGUGGUGGAUCAUCAGAUCAUUCGUGAUCAUGCAAUCAAUCAUUCUCGAGGCUUUGGAUUCAUUAUAUUUGACAAUGAACAAGUUGUAGAUGAUAUGUUAGCCAAGGGUAAUAUGAUUGAUCUGAGCGAGAAACAGGAGCGAGAGGUCUGUGUUCUGAGACCUCUAGAGAUCAGUAGCGGCAGCGAUGUUGCUCGGCGCCGACAGAAGACAGACUCGAGACUUCCAUCGAAAAUAGAAAGAAGAGAAGUUCCACUGUUCGUCUCGGUAUCCAGAGCAAAAGCAGAACCAGACUCCAGAGAGAUAGAGAUCGCGAAUCCUCCCAAGGCUGCAACCGGUGGUUCCGUUACGAGUUCCGUUUUUGCAGUUCAGACAAGAAGAGAUUGA